AUGUGGAACCUGAACGAAGAUGUCUUUCCAAACACAAGAGUAGCGGAGGCUUGGAGACACGGAUUAAAUGGCUCUGGAAUUACCAUUGCUGUUGUAGACGAUGGCAUCCAAGUCGACCAUCCAGACCUCAGAAAAAAUAUUGAUACCUAUCACAGUUAUGACUUUAUAGAUCUAGAUUCAAAUAUCACUCCAGAUAGAAUCACUGACAGCCAUGGUACAUCAGUUACCGGACUAAUUGCAGCAGAAGCAAAUAAUGACGUUUGUAUAGUUGGAGUUGCUCACGCUUCUACAAUUAUAGGUGUAAGAUUAAUUGGCUCGGACGUACCAAUCACCGACAUUACCAAAGCAAAAGCCCUCAGUUAUCAUUUAAGUAGGGUAGAUAUAUACUCAAACAGCUGGGGACCCCCAGAUAAAUUGCAUUAUCAUAGUUUGGGACGUGUUAGCGAGAGUGCAUUAGUUGAUGGUGUAAAAUUGGGACGAAAUGGAAAAGGUGUUGUAUAUGUAUUUGCUGCAGGCAAUGGCGGGAAAGAUGACAACUGCAACGCGGAUGGUUAUGUCAGCAAUCUUUAUACAAUUCCAAUAACGAGUAUAGGCAUUGAUCAAAAGGCAGCUCCUUAUUCUGAAGUUUGCGCUUCAGCUUUCUCUGCAACAUAUUCAAGCAUAUCGGAACGAUAUUUGACUUCCACAUCUCUGAACUCUACAUGUAUCAGCAACAGCAACCUACGGGGAACGUCUUUUUCGGCUCCACAAGCUUCAGCAAUUGUGGCAUUAGCUCUUCAAGCAAAUCCUUCGCUCACAUGGCGAGAUGUUCAACAUCUGAUUGUGCAGACAAGUAAACGACACAACAUUGACGAUGGUUUUGAGAAACAACCUUGGCAAAAGAAUGGAGCAGGGUUUAAUGUGAGUCAGAUUGUCGGUUUUGGAAUGAUGGAUGCAGAAGCAAUGGUGUCCCUCGCAAAGACCUGGACCCUAGUAGACCAACAACUGUAUUGUGCCUCUGAAACAAAGAACGUUAACAAAAACAUAAACAAUUCGCGGGAUGUGUCUAAAACAACAAUCUCAGAGUUAACCAGUACAAUAAAAGAGACUGGUAAAAACUGCACAAUACGUUCUCUAGAAAAGGUUCAGAUAGAUGUGUAUUUUUCGUAUGAAUCAAGAAGAGGAGAUUUUACUUUGAUUUUGGAGUCACCUUCGGGAACUGUGUCCUACCUUAUGACCCCAAGGCCAGAAGACUCUGAUAAUACACAUAAUGUAUCUGAAAAAGUCAACUGGACAUUUACAUCCGUU